AUGACUCUCAAUUUGUGUGAAGCAUUUAAAAAAAUUGAUGAUGAUUGGACUAAUAAUAUUCUUUUCGAGAACAAUCAUAUCGGUGGUCAGAUAAACGAGAAAUAUUGCCAUACUGACAGUGAAACAUGGAAUGAAAAAUGUAAAACUACCGGUGAAACAGUUAGGAAUGCUACUGUAUCAUUACUUAAUAAUUUGUUCACCGGAGAUAAAUAUAUAGAAUCUGAGAAUGAAAAUAACGAAUAUAUCACGUAUAUUAUGCUAUGGCUGAGUAAUAAAAUGAAACUAAUUAAAACAGAGAACUAUGGAAGUGUAGCAGAAUUUUAUGCCGCGUUUAUAAGAGAUAAUAAAGAGUAUAAAGCAUAUAUUACUCAAAUCGAUAAGAAUCAAAAAAUAAUGAAUCUUAAAAUUGAUAGAACGCGUAAACUUUAUGCGUUACUUAAUGAUCUGUGUAAUGCAAUUAUUAUAUAUAACAAAGAUUCUUCAAGUUGCCGAAAUAUUUCAAAUUGCCCCAAUUUUUUAAAUUUUGUUGAUAAUUGGGAAAAACAAUCCAAACAACUUCUUGAGAAAAAAACUAAGGUUUUUGAAGAUGAGGAUUAUUGUGAUGUGUUGUUGACUUUAAAAAAUUCUUAUGAGAAAUUUAAAAAAGAUAAUAAAAUGCAAAAAAAACUUCCGGAAUUUGAAGAGAUAGAAGAAUUACAUGAUUGUAAAAAAUUCCAUAAAGAAGCAAAAAACUCAUUGAAAGUUAAAGUUUUAAUGCCCCAAUAUGUAUCGAGAUAUAUAAAUAUUGUUAAAAUUGGAUUUAAAAAGUAUAACUCAUUUUUUGGUAAUAUGUUUACUAAUAAUGUCAAUUACUUAUAUGAACAGGCGUUCCCAACCUUAAAAAAUGUUCGCUGUAAGUUUAUAAAUUUUGCUGACACCACGAUUGGUCAUAUGAACGACCAACUUAAAAAAGCAAUAGAAGCUUAUGUAUUAGAUAAUUGUAAACCUGAGAAAAAAGGUCCAGAUGGCGAAUCACCACCACCAUCAAGUUCUGAUGAACCAAAUAAAACACAGCAAUCGUCUCUGGACCCAUCUGAAGGAGGUUCUGAUCAAAAGGAUCAAGAAGGUUCUAAAAAAACAGUGCCAAGUCGGUUAGUUAAACGAGAAAUUCCAGUAUACAAAGUAACAGGAAAUGAAACAACAGAAAUAAGUGAUAAUUCACUCAACGUAUACAAGAAAAUUGGAAUUUCAAUUCUAAUUCUUUUAAUACCCAUUGCUUUAACUAUUAUGUACAAGUAUUUGCCAUUUGGAUGGAGAAAGAAAUCGAAGAAAAAAAAAAAGAUGAAAAAGGCUAUAAAUAUGUUUGGUACAAAUGAAAUGACAGAAAAUGUUAUAAACCCAACUGAUCGAAAAAAACAAAUGCAAAUAAUUAUAAAUUUAUCUACUCAAAACAAACAGGGUAAAAAGUUUAUAAAUUCAUCUACUCCAAAAAAACAGGAUAAACAGUUUAUAAAUUUAUCUACUCAAAACAAACAAGACAAAAAGUUUAUAAAUUCAUCUACUCCAAAAAAACAGGACAAAAAGUUUAUAAAUUCAUCUACUCCAAAAAAACAGGAUAAACAGUUUAUAAAUUCAUCUACUCCAAAAAAACAGGAUAAACAAUUUAUAAGUUCAUCUACUCAAAAAAAACAGGAUAAAAAGUUUAUAGAUUUAUCUACUCAAAAAAAACAGGGUAAAAAGCUUACAAAUUCAUAUACUCAAAAAAAACAGACUAAACAUUUUAUAAAUUCCAUUUAUUGGGAAAAAUAUCCAUUAUUGAAUAUAUAUAAACUUAUGAAGGCCGAUCCUGUACCAUUUAUUAUUUUAUUUUUGUUGUUUAUUUUUUAUGUUUAUAAAAGAAAAGACGAUUCUUUAGAAUAA